AUGCAGAGAACAGCUAGCGCAACGAGGAUCACUGUAGAGGUUCAUGAUGAUCAGACCGCCGGCCAAGAUUCCGACGUUGCCAUGGCGGUGGUAGACGACGAUCAGCGGUUCUUGGCGAUGUUUUCCCCGGGAGAUCACCGGAGCAAGAGAAAAGACGACAGGAGAUCAUCGUUGUCGUCGUCGUCUUUUCUUGGAAACUGUGGCUUUUGCAAAAGCCGUUUAGCUCCGGGUCGUGAUAUUUACAUGUACAAAGGAGAUGCAGCGUUUUGUAGCGUGGAAUGCAGAGAACAGCAAAUGGAGCACGAUGAAGGCAAAACCCGAAACAGCGUCGUGCUAUCACCACCAAACUGA